UGUAUAGUCAUAUAAAUAAAUGAAAUAAAUAGUUGGACAUAAUAUUUAUUGUCAUUUUUAAUAGAAUAGAUAUAUAGACUUAGAAGCAUUUUUGUAGUUUAGAUUCUAUUUGAAGGUAUUUCAAUAAAAACAAUAUGUUAUAUUUAAAAAUUACAGAAAUAAACAUGGGUGGAAACCGUGGAAAAUUGUCUAUUCAGCUCUAAAUCUGUCGGUAUUUACUUGAAAUAUCAAUGUUCAGACUAAGAAAGAAAAACGUGUUCUUAAGAUCAAUUUUGGUUUUAAAUCCGGUUAAAGAUUACCGAACCAUAUCAGACCGUAAGAAGAACAUACUUUUUUAUUCAGGUGGAGUUACGACCGUUACUAACGGAUCUUACCCUAAACGUUAUAACGAGAAUGAUGACUGGAAAGAGAUUCUCCGAGGAAGAUGAAGGCGAAAAAGAGAAGAUAAGCUCGGAGUUCCGGGAGCUAGUGGUGGAGAUUCUAGAGCUCUCUGCGGCGGACAACCCAGCCGAUUUUUUGCCGGCUCUAAGGUGGUAUGACUACAAAGGUUACAUCAAGAGAGCAAAGAGGGUUGGAGAAAAGAUGGAUAGUUUAUUACAAGGGUUUUUGGAUGAACAUAGAGCUAACAGAGGAAGAAUGGAGUUUAAGAACACCAUGAUUGCUCAUUUGCUUGAUUCUCAAGAAAAGGAGCCUCAUUACUACAAUGAUGUUACCAUCAAAGGUCUCAUUCUGAUGAUGGUAAUAGGAGGCACAGAUACAUCGGCUUUAACCGUAGAAUGGGCAAUGUCAAAUCUAUUAAACCAUCCACAAGUAUUUGAGACAACGAGACAAAAUAUUGAUGCUCACAUGGAACCAUCAUCGUCAUCAAGUAAUCGUCGUUUGUUAAAAGAAGAUGAUCAGGUGAACAUGGACUACUUGAACAACGUUGUAUCCGAGACACUAAGGCUAUGCCCUGUGGCUCCACUUAUGGUUCCUCAUUUCUCAUCUUCUGAUUGUGUCAUCGGUGGGUUCGAUAUUCCACGUGAUACAAUCGUGUUGGUUAACUUGUGGGCUAUACAUAGAGAUCCAAGCGUGUGGGAUGAUCCAACGUCGUUUAAGCCGGAGAGAUUUGAAAGGAGAGAUCAGCUUGGACAGUAUAGUAGUAAGAUGAUGCCGUUUGGUUUAGGGAGACGGGUUUGUCCCGGGUUGGGUUUAGGGAGACGGGUUUGUCACGUGAGGUGGCUUCCGAAUUGCUCUUCUGAAGAUUCAAGAAUAUGUAGAUUGUUUUUUAAGAUAUGAUAAUUGGUCAUAAUGUUCUAGAAAAAAAACAAGUCAUAAUAUUAUCUGUAAUAAGAUUAUUAUUAUUAUUAUUUUGUGUAGUAAGAUUA